AUGACCGAGGGAUCACCAACCGUGAGGACCCCAAAAUCCCGCACUAAAACUUUUACAGGAUGUUGGACCUGUCGGGCCCGCAAAGUCAAAUGCGACGACGAGAAGCCGCAUUGCCGUCGCUGUCGCCGUAGCGGCUGGCAGUGUCAGGGGUAUGGCAUGCGUCUAGGAUGGUCUCAAACUGCAGGCAGUCGAUCCCAUCGUCGUCAAGUAUGCCCAUCGACACUAGAAUCCACGGUAGACUUGUCUUCUGCCGCUGUGACAGCUCUUUUGGCGGAGCUGGAUGAAUGCUCCGGCGACGGGAGUGCCCAGCAACGGGGGCCUUUUUCGGUGUUCUCCGCCUCUAGCCCUGAACCCGACACCAAGCAGUUGGGUACACUCGAUUCAAGAAUUCCAUCUUCGCCGGUAACCGAGAGUAGGGGUGAGCCAGCAUUCGACCAAUUUCCUGCAGAUCCGCUUGAUUCAAAUACAUCAACGGCUAGCCCCGGAGAAGUGAAUCAACCUGUCUCCGUAUCGGGCAUCGAGGUCUCGCACAUUACUGUCAAGUCGCCCCAACCUGAAACAUCAGCUUUGCCGGUGCCGGUCGAGAAUGUCGACCGAGCUUUUUAUGACACAGCUCUUGUUCCUUCUGGAACUCGCAACACUAUUAUAGAUCUUGGCUGUGACACCAGCAGAUCCAAGGCCUCUUCCAUGUCAUGUACACUUCCUCCUAUCACGUCAAUUAAUCCCUCACAGCUUCCAAGACCGGAAACUGAACUGAUCCACCAUUGGGUCGUCUUUCUGAGCGGGAACAUGCUCCUCAUUGAUACCCCUGAUAAUCCCUGCCGGACACUGUUCAUGCCAUUGGCAUUGAAAGCGCUUGAAGGUUCCCCAACAGAAUCUAGUAUUCACCUUUCUAUCUACCACGCUAUCUGUGCCUCAUCGGCCUUUAGCUUGUUCCAUUUGCGACGCGACCCUCGAUAUCAGUCCCUUGCAAUGCAUCAUGACCAACUUGCGUUGCGGCAUCUGAGGGAAAACCUCCAACGAGCAAAACGCCUUGAUGAAUCGAUACUGGCUGCCAUCCUGACUUGCAUAACUGCCGAAGCAAUGUCUGGACGACGAAGCCGAUGGAGGGCACAUGUGGCUGGUGGCCUUGGCCUUCUUGAAAAUGAGAUACACGACGGCUGGAUACGAAGCCCAACGGCAUCUCGUUUGCUUCAGAGUUACUUGUCCCUUUCAUCGCUUUGCAGCUUGCCUAUGUCCACACAGUUGAUGUCGCUUCUUGAUGGGCCAUCCGAGCUGCGUCACUAUCUUGAGCGGUCGCAUGGUGUCACACCACUCUUGGUGCAAUUACUGGCGCGAAUUACGGCAAUCGUCGAUUCCAAUACGUUGAUCACUGCAGAUGAAUUGGAUCGCUUAGAGUUACAGCUCUACCUCAACUUCCCUUGCCCUUCAAGGCCAGAUCUCCCAGGAUCCAUUAUCAUUCAACAUGCCCUGAACUCAUUUUAUUAUGCCUCCAUCAUAUAUUUUCGACGAACACUACGGCAUGCGGGUUUGGUUGAAGUCCAGGACAUCGUUGAAAAGGCAGUACAAGAGUUGGAGGCAAUUGAAACUUUGACUCUGGACAGGAAAGGCGGUUGUGCCUACAACUGGGCCAGUUUUGUGGUGGCAGCAGAAUGCGAGAGACCGGAUUUAAAAGCCAGGAUGAUGGCUUCCUUUGAUCGCAAGAGUCGGCAUGGAAUUCAGAGUAUCAACAUCCUCAGUGAAAUUGUGAAGACUCUAUGGUAUCGGCGAGAGCAGGCUGGGCCAUAUAGAGAUAUUCAUUGGCAGGAGAUUGCCAAAGAGGCUGAUUUUGAUAUCAUGCUUGUAUAA